GCGAGCGCGGAUUGGAUGGUCUGAAACGGGGGGCGCGGGGGCAGCACGUUGGGGUGCGCGCUACUUAAGGUCCUGCUGCGUGAGCCACUGACGUGUUUGGAGCUGGAGCCGGCUCCGCGCUGCUGGUGUGGCGGCCCGCGGUUUACGGCGUGGUGUGUUUCUUCUUCCGGAUUUAACACGUACAGACCGAGACUCGGAGCAGCCCGGGGACCUGGACUUGUUGGGUAACGUGCCCUUCCCCCACGACGGAUCAAAGCUACCGGGAGAGUGGGAACCAGGAACUCCUUUGGGAGAGACAGUCCUGUAAAAUCCCAUCUUCCGAAGAGGAAAGCUUUCUAAAGUUGGACUCUGCACUGAGUUUCCAUCCUGUCAAGAUGCACCUGCUGGCUGGAUAUUUUCAGUAAAGUGAGAAGACAAGAUGCCUCUGGCCACACGGCGGCUGAGAGAUCCUGACAUAAAUCCUUGCUUGUCGGAAUCUGAUGCUUCUACCAGAUGUAUGGAUGAAAAUAACUAUGACAGGGAAAGGUGUUCCAGUUACUUCUUGAAGUACAAAAACUGCCGGCAAUUUUGGAAUUCUGUUAUGCUCCAAAGAAGACGAAACGGAAUUCAGCCAUAUAUGCCUACAGCAGCAGAAAGAGAUGAAAUUUUGGGAGAAAUGCGAAAGAUGCCUUAUUGAACUAUUUGCAUUAAAAUUGUUUCUAUAACUUGAAGCAGAUGAUUAAAAACAAAAACAAAAACAAAAACAAAAAAACAAUGAACUCUUAAGACUACUGGUUUCAUCCCAGGCAAA